AGCGAAGAUCGCUUGUUGUGUAAGUUCAACCUGUUGGCACAGGUUGUCCCCGGUCUUGGUCCUGUAUGCAAUCAACAAAUUGUUUGCAGGAACUCGGCCUUGAGACUUUCUUUUUCUUUUGCCAACAGAUUGAACCAGAAAGCUGAAAUCCAAAACCUGGAGCACAAAGGGCUAAACAUGGCUGCGAGCAAUAGAAGUUUUAGCUUAUUUUUCUUUUUCUUGUUCUUUGUUGACAUAAUCCCAACCCUGCAAGCUCACAUAGCUGAAUAUGAUGAUUAUUGGAAGCAACGUGAAGUGGAAGCUAAAGAACAUAUCGAGAAGGCAUAUAACCCCAAUCCUGAGGUAGUCACCCAGCAUUUCAACCACCAUGUUGCCAGGUAUAAGACUAAGAGUUUGAGCUUGAUGGGGUUUAAUAGCACAAGACGGCACUUGAGGGGAAUGAGGAAAGGCGGUCCCUGCCAGGCAACCAACCCCAUUGAUCAAUGCUGGCGCUGUGAUCCUAACUGGGCAAGAAACAGGAGGAGACUCGCUGAUUGCGCCCUUGGAUUUGGCCGUGGUACUACUGGUGGAAAGAACGGAAGGUUUUACGUGGUGACAGAUCCUUCAGAUGAUGAUUUGCUUAAUCCUAAACCUGGAACUCUACGUCAUGCUGUGAUCCAAAAGCGGCCUCUCUGGAUCGUCUUCGCAAGAAGUAUGAUUAUCAAGCUCAAGCAGGAGCUCAUUAUGACAAGCAACAAAACCAUCGAUGCUAGGGGAGCCAAUGUGCAUGUGGCUUAUGGGGCUGGUUUUACUAUCCAGUUUGUGAGGAACAUCAUUAUCCAUGGCCUCCAUAUUCACGACAUUGUUCCGGGCAGCGGCGGCUUGAUCAGGGAUGCCGAAGACCACUACGGAUUGAGGACAAGGAGCGAUGGUGAUGGGAUUUCUGUUUUCGGGGCAACCAACAUUUGGCUUGACCAUCUUUCCAUGUAUAAUUGCUAUGAUGGUAUCAUUGAUGCCAUUCAGGCUUCAACUGCCAUAACUAUCUCCAACUGCCAUUUCACUAACCACAAUGAGGUGAUGUUGUUUGGGGCAAGUGACAGCUACUCUGAGGAUCAGAAGAUGCAGAUCACUGUUGCUUUCACCCACUUCGGUAAAGGAUUGGUACAAAGGAUGCCAAGGUGCCGAUGGGGGUUUAUCCAUGUGGUCAACAAUGACUAUACUCAUUGGCUCAUGUAUGCCAUUGGAGGUAGCAGCCACCCCACCAUCAUCAGCCAGGGCAACCGAUUUGUUGCUCCACCAAACAUGGCAGCUAAGGAGGUAACCAAGAGGGAUUAUGCACCACCGCAAGUAUGGAAGUCGUGGAAUUGGAGAUCAGAGGGUGACGUGAUGGUGAAUGGGGCAAUUUUCACUCAAUCUGGAGAUCCAAAUGCCAGCAAAAAAUACGCAGGCAACACUAUGCUGUCAGCUAAGCCUGGUUAUAUGGUGCCUAUACUCACAAAACAUUCUGGAUCACUUGACUGCAUCCGGGGCCGGCCUUGCUAA